GGGGCUGCGCUGACGUCAUCCACACUCCGCUCCCCCUCCCCGCCAGCUGAGGGGCGGUGGCCGCUCAGGCUACGCCGGGCGACUGUACGGACAGACGGACCGAGGGACAGAGGGACAGGCGGGCGCACGUCGAGGCCAUGCCCGGGGAGGCUGCCUGCGCCGAGUUACCGCUGCCUGAGGCUAGUGGGCCUGGGCCCCGCACAGAGCUCUCUUGUGAUGCAGCUGCUGCCACCAUCCUGAGAGAGGACCGGCGGGAGCCCCAUGCCCUGAUCCCAGAGCCCAGCUCCCUGACCCUCACGUUCCUGCCCAGCAAGCCAGGUGCCCGGCCCCAGCCUGAGGGAGCCAGCUGGGAUGCAGUGCCUGGUGGGGCCCCUUCAGCCUGGGCAGACCCAGCGGAAGGCAGCCCAAACCCAACACUCCUCUCCGAGGGCCCCCUCCCACAGGCUUUGCCUGAUGAGGGUCAGCCCCCUGAGGCUCUGCUCACUAAGGGCCCUCUCCCUGCCACCCUGGAGCCCCGGAUUGUGAUGGGCGAGGAGACAUGCCAGGCACCCCAGUCACCCAGGGCAGGCCUACCAGUGCUCAGGGAUCAGGAGGGUGGGCUCACCGACCUGUACCCACCUUCCGAGCUGUAUUCUCAGGGUGAUCCUCCUGUGCCUUCCCCUCCCCCAGACCCUGAUUCCUACUUCACCCCUCCCUCCACUCCCACCAAGACAACCUACAUCCUGCUUCCCAGCCAUGGGCCCCAUAGGGACACCUGGGACCCAGAGGAUGAGCUGUUGGACUCUCCACCUGCCUCGCCCUCAGGCUCAUACAUCACGGCAGAUGGGGACAGCUGGACCUCAUCACCAUCCUGUUCCCUCAGCCUGCUGGCCCCAGCUGAAGGGCUGGACUUCCCCUCAGACUGGGGCCUCUCCCCACAGGGGUCUGUAGCAGAUGAACAAGAGCCCCAUCCCACUGUGCCUCCCGAAUCCCUAUCUUCUGAGUCUAGUCUUUCAGCAGACAGUAGCUCUUCCUGGGACCAGGAGGGCCACUUCUUCGACCUGGACUUCCUAGCCAAUGACCCAAUGAUCCCUGCAGCCCUCCUGCCCUUUCAGGGCAGCCUCAUCUUCCAGGUGGAGGCAGUGGAGGUGACACCACUGCCCCCAGAAGAGGAGGAGGUGGCAGCUAAUGUUCCUGCUCCAGAUGGGGACCUGGCCGGAGAGGGUGAGGAGGAUAGCACAUCUGCCUCCUUCCUGCAGUCACUAUCUGACCUGUCCAUCAUUGAGGGCAUGGAUGAGGCCUUUGCCUUCCGGGAUGACACCUCUGCAGCCUCCUCUGACUCGGACUCAGCCUCCUAUGCAGGGGCAGAUGAUGAUAGGCUGUAUAGUGGGGAACCCCAUGCCCAGCCCAGUGCCCUGCUGCAGGACAGUGCCCAGAAGACAGAGCAGGAGCAUAGAAGGGGGACUGCUUUCUGGAGCCCAGAGGCCAUCAGAACAGUAACCAACCCUCAGGUCUCAGAGGGAGAGGCUCAUCUCGCCCACAGCCAGGAAUCAACUUCAGAAAUGGAAGAAGGCCUUGCUUUAAGCCAAGAGUCUGAAACUACUGUGACCCCUCAUGCUCUGCAGGCAGCCCUAGGCCUUCAGAUGGAGGCGGCUUCCAGGGUGCCCCCUCAGGUUGGUGAAGAAGAAGCUGACUCUACCACUGGACAAGCACCUGCCACUAGGGCACUGCUUCAGCUUUCCAAGGAGGUGAUGAGUGCUACCUUAGGUCAGGAGCCCAUCAUUGUAGAACCACAACCAGUUCUUCAAGAAGCAGCAAGUCCCACCUUGUACACAGAGCCUCCUGAGAACUCAAAGGAAGAGGACCGAGGUCUCCCCUCAGGCCUGGAGACUGUAGUUGCAGCCACACAGGGGCUCCAGCAGGCUGAAGGGGGUGGCAUUCUACUCGAGGACUCUCCUGAGGCAGCACUUUCACCCCUUCAGGAAGCAGAUCCCACUUUAGGCCUAGAGCCUAUGGCUGGGGCCACACCAGAGCCCCAGCAGCCUGAAGAGAUUGUCACCGUACCCCAAAUGCCUCCACCCCUGCAAGAUGCAGAUUCCACAUGGGGCUUAGAGACCGUGGCUGGGGCCAUAACAGAGCCCCAGCAGGCUGAAGGGAGGGUCACCAUACCCCAGGACCCCCCUGAGACAGAACUUCCACCACUGCAAGAUGCAGAUCCUACCUUGGGCCUAGAGCCUAUAGCGGCAGCCACACCAGGGCCUCAGCAGGCUGAAGAGAGUAUCACUAUACCCCAGGACUCCCCUGAAACAGAACUUCCACCCCUGCAACAUGCGGAUACCACCUUAGGCCUGGAAUCUGUGGCUGGGGCCAUAAUAGAGCCCCAACAGGCUGAAGAGUGUGUCACCGUACCCCAGAACUACACUGAGACAGAACUUCCACCUGGGCAAGAUGCAGAUGCCACCUCAGGCCUGGAAUCUGUGGCUGGGGCCAUAACAGAGCCCCAACAGACUGAAGAGUGUGUCACCAUACCCCAGGACUCCCCUGAGACAGAACUUCCACCCCUGCAAGAUGCAGGUCCCACCUCGGGCCUAGAGCCUGUGGCUGCAACCACACCAGGGCCCCAGCAGGCUGAAGAGAGUGUCACUGUACCCCAGGACUCCACUGAGACAGCAUUUCCACCCCUGCAAGAUACAGAUCCCACCUUGGGCCUAGAACCUCUGACUGAAGCCACACCAGGGCUUCAGCAGGCUGAAGAGUGUGUCACCAUACUCCAGGACUCCCCUGAGACAGAACUUCCACCCCUGCAACAUGCAGGUCCCACCUCAGGACUGGAGUCUGUGGCUGGGGCCAUAAUAGAGCCCCAGCAGGUUGAAGAGAGUGUCACCGUACCCCAGGACUCCCCUGAGACAGCAUUUCCACCCCUGCAAGAUACAGAUCCCACCUUGGGCCUAGAACCUCUGGCUGAAGCCACACAAGGGCUUCAGCAGGCUGAAGAGUGUGUCACCAUACUCCAGGACUCCCCUGAGACAGAACUUCCAUCCCUGCAACAUGCAGGUCCCACCUCAGGACUGGAGUCUGUGGCUGGGGCCACAAUAGAGCCCCAGCAGGUUGAAGAGAGUGUCACCGUACCCCAGGACUCCCCUGAGACAGCAUUUCCACCCCUGCAAGAUACAGAUCCCACCUCAGGCCUAGAACCUCUGGCUGAAGCCACACAAGGGCUUCAGCAGGCUGAAGAGUGUGUCACCAUACUCCAGGACUCCCAUGAGACAGAACUUCCACCCCUGCAAGAUGCAGAUCCCACCUCAGGCCUAGAACCUCUGGCUGAAGUCACACCAGGGCUUCAGCAGGCUGAAGAGAAUGUUACCAUAUCCCAGGACUCUCCUGAGACAGAACUUCCACCCCUGCAAGAUGCAGAUCCCACCUCAGGCCUAGAGCCUGUGGCUAUAGCCACACCAGGGCCCCAGCAGGCUGAAGAGUGUGUCACCAUACUCCAGGACUCCCCUGAGACAGAACUUCCACCCCUGCAAGAUGCAGGUCCCACCUCAGGCCUAGAGCCUGUGGCUAUAGCUACACCAGGGCCCCAGCAGGCUGAAGAGAGUAUCACCAUAUUCCAGGACUCGCCUGAGACAGAACUUCCACCCCUGCAAGAUGCAGAUCCCACCUCAGGCCUAGAGCCUGUGGCUAUAGCCACACCAGGGCCCCAGCAGGCUGAAAAGAGUGUCACCAUACCCCAGGACUCCCCUGAGACAGAACUUCCACCCCUGCAAGAUGCAGGUCCCACCUCAGGCCUGGAGUUUGUGGCUGGGGCCAUAACAGAGCCCGAGCAGGCUGAAGAGUGUGUCACCAUAUCCCAGGACUCCCUUGAGACAGCACUUCCACCCCUGCAAGAUGCAGAUCCCACCUCAGGCCUAGAGCCUGUGGCUACAGCCACACCAGGGCCCCAGCAGGCUGAAGAGAGUGUCACCAUACUCCAGGACUCCCCUGAGACAAAAUUUCCACCCCUGCAAGAUGCAGAUCCCACCUCAAGCCUAGAGCUCGAGGCUGCAGCCACACCAGGGCCUCAGCAGGCUGAAGAGAAUGUCACCAUACCCCAAGACUCCCCUGAGGCAGCACUUCCACCUGGGCAAGAUGCAGAUCCCACCUCAGGUCUGGAGCUUAUGGCUGGGGCCAAACCAGAGCCCCAACAAGCUGAAGAGAGUAUCACCAUACCACAGAGCUCCCCUGAGAGAGCACUUCCACCCUUGCAAGAUGCAGGACUCACCUUAGCCUCGGAGCCCAUGGCUGGAGACACCCAUGGGGCCCCAGGGAAUAAGCUCAUGGCUUCUGUGACCCAGCAGGAAUUAGGUCUGGCCUUAGAACUAAGGCCAGAGCCUGGGGAGCAUGAUGCAGGCCCUGAUGGAGACCCAGAGCCUUCAGCCUUGAACCAGACCCAAAAGGAUGGCCCAGAACCAACUGCAAAGACUGGAACUCCUUGGGCCCCAAGGGAAGAGGCAGGUCCCACCUUAGGCAUGGAGGCCCCUGGUCCCCCUGAACCUGCCUCUGGCACUGGAAAAGAAGUAGCUGUGGACCUUUCGGCACCUGAGGGGGAAAUAUGUCUUGAAGCCUGUGUGUACGUGGGUGAUGGGGCCAAGACCUAUUCGCCUCCAAAGGAGGCCCUGGGGGCUAAGAGCAAGAGGGGUGUAGGCCCCAAGCCACCAGCACAGGAAGGUGGGCCUGCAUCAGUGCCCCAAGGUGUGAGAGAGGCUCCCAAGGCAUGUCCUACUGCCUGCCCGGAGGUCACACAGGCACAGACCCUGAGCCCAGCCAAGAAAGGAAGGGGUCUAAGCAGCAAGGCCACCCUGGAACCCAGACUUCCCUUAGCUGUGGCCAAAGAGGCCAGGCUAAGUUCAGGCCCAAAGUCCCCAGCAAAGGCUGCAUCCAGGCUGGUCAGGGACUUCCCUAAAGAGCUUACCCCUUCUGUAUCACCUUCCCAGUGGUUGGAGCCUUCGCUAGGCCUAGGCAAUGGAAAGCAGCCCCAGAGAGCACCUGGUAUGCUCAAAUCCUCCCCACUACAACUCCCAGAAAACCCUGCCAGGGGCCGGCCUAGUACACCUCAAGACAGGCUCUCAGACCCUGACCCCUCUGAUCCUGGUGUUCUUGCUGGGGAAGCCCCACUGGCCCUGGGACCCCCUAACUCUCGCUUGUGCCAGAACCUGCAGGAAGACUCUGUGGAGGGUGAGGAGCCACCAACCUCUCGGGGCCUUCACAUGUCUCGGGCAGUAGCCCAGGGGGCCACUGCUGCUGCUGCUGCCUCAGGAAACACCCAGCCUCUGGGGACAGGGCAGCAGAUCAGCCUCUCCAGCCACCACCCACUCCUCAUCCCCAAGGCGGCCCCCACGGAUGCCAAAGAUCUGGCCAAAGACCUGGCCUCUCAGAUCUUGCCACCCAGCCAAGUGCCUCCUCCCUCUGGGACCCAGAGCCCAUUGAGCCCUCAAGGACUCCCAGCCCUAGAACAGCAAGAGGACGAGGACAGCCUGGAAGAAGACUCACCUCGGGCCCUGGGCUCAGGCCAGCACUCGGAUAGUCACGGGGAGUCGUCAGCAGAGUUGGACGAGCAGGACAUCUCAGCGCCUCAGAUGGUGCAGUGCCCAUCCCAGGCCCCAACAGGCAGCAGUGAGGAGACCAUCGCCAAAGCCAAGCAGAGUCGCAGUGAAAAGAAGGCUCGAAAAGCAAUGUCGAAACUGGGCUUGCGGCAGAUUCAGGGAGUCACCAGGAUCACUAUCCAGAAGUCCAAGAACAUCCUCUUUGUCAUCGCCAAGCCUGAUGUCUUCAAGAGCCCCGCCUCAGACACCUAUGUGGUCUUUGGCGAGGCCAAGAUUGAGGACCUAUCCCAGCAAGUGCACAAAGCUGCAGCAGAGAAGUUCAAGGUGCCCUCGGAGUCCUCAGCCCUGGUCCCUGAGUCGGCACCUGGACCCCGGGUGAGGCCAGAGUGUGAGGAAGAGGAAGAAGAGGAGGACGAGGAGGAGGUGGACGAGGCAGGCUUAGAGCUACGUGACAUUGAGCUGGUGAUGGCCCAGGCCAAUGUGUCCAGGGCCAAGGCUGUGCGGGCCCUAAGGGACAACCACAGUGACAUCGUCAAUGCCAUCAUGGAACUGACAAUGUAGCUGCUGACCAGAAGCUGGGUACAUCCUGCCCCAUCCCCCAGCUCUGCUGUCCAAUAAAUUGGUGUCCCAUCA